CCGAGCAGCGCCCCGCCCGGCCCCGGCGCUCACCCCCGGAGGAGAAACUCCCGCAGCCGCCGCCUCGCCGGGGCAGGCGACGAGGCCACCCUCCGUCCUGCUAGCGGCUGAGUAAGCCCUGAUUGCAGGGUGAACGGGAAAUCUCCUUAAUCGCCAUCCUCGCCUCUGGGCCUGGAGCCCGUUCAGAUCUUGCUUCUUCGAGGGGGGUAGAAGAUACAGCUGCUUCUGACCCGGGUUAUUAAGGGGAGAUAAACCCUGAAGUUUGUUUUCCUAGUUUUUGCGUAUGCAAGAAAAUUGAUUAUUUUUACAAAGCACGUAAACUUGUGUAAUCUUUUUCUGAGUGGAGGACCCAGUGGACAUGAACCUGAGGAUCACAAAGUAAAGUGGAUUCAGUACUAACUGCUCCUACAGUCCUGGAUGGCUUGUAGCUUUCAUCAUUAAGUUUAGCCCUGGGAGGGAGACUCUAGUGAAUUUGCAAAAAUGGAUAGUAAAUAUGAUGAUCUGGGCCUAGAGGCAAGUAAAUUUAUAGAAGAUCUCAAUAUGUAUGAAGCCUCCAAGGAUGGACUUUUUCGGGUGGACAAAGCUGUUGGCAACAACCCAGAAUUUGAGGAAACCAGGAGAGUUUUUGCCACUAAAAUGGCUAAAAUUCAUCUCCAAAAACAACAGCAGCAGCAACAAGAAGAGGAGCUGAUGUUGGCUGACUCUGGCUCUCUAAAUGGUGGGGCCAAUUUUGGUGUCCAGCAGCAGUUUCCAAAUCAUCGUGUGCCUGGAGUAGCUGCAGGGGCCACUAAAUUGCAUUCAGGAGAAAAUAUUGCCAAACCUCCUCUGGCCACAGCAUCAGUGUGUGCAGCGCACCAGCUUGCUUUUCCACACCACCCACAAGCUGUUCCUGAUGGGCAGCGAACAAAAUUAUACCAACAUGGCAAAACAGCUAGCAAAGAAUAUGGCUGUAGAGAGAAUCUGGGGGAUUCCGAGGUCUCUGAAGGACACGGGUUCCACAGAGCAGCCCAUGUGAAUCCCAGCACUACAAAGCCAUCUUUUCCUUCUCUUCCCCAUGGACAGCAUUAUAAUGAGAAUCAGACAGGCAUCCCUGCUUGGAGAGGAGAUGCUGGUAAGUUUUCCAUCCCAAAAUCUGAUUUGGGGAGUUUACGAUCCAAUGUUAAUCAUAGUGAUCAGCUGCCAAGGAGUCCUACAAAAACCCAAGCUGAUCCUCACCCGUACCAGCAUCAGAAGUCACUGAGCUCCUGCAGGUCUUCUGAAAGUGGGUAUGGAAGCCAGGAAAAUGGGAAUGAAAGCAACAGACUCAGUCGAGGCUAUGACCAAAACUCAACUGGUCAGAGAUCUUCCUCUUUCUCACACACUCUGACCCCCUUUUCCACUUCAACAGGGUUUGAUGAUGAGACCGCAGUGGGAUUUCCACAGCAGAGAUCUUCCUCAUUCUCAGCCCCAUCGACAUUGCCUGCACAAGGGUUUUCAGGUCUGUCUGAUCAAUUUAGCCCAAACCCUGAGAGUGAGAUGCUACCUUCUGGCACACCACACAAAAACAGUCAUGACCACCCGUUAUGGUACCAUGACAAUUCUAGUUCUUCCAUGUCUAGUUCAGCUCCUACUCCGUUGCCUCCAAGCGUAGAUUAUCAGCAAGCCAGUGCUUGUCCCAAGGCUACAGCCCAUUUCAUAGUUCAUGGUCAAAAUCACAGGCUUAAUUGUCCUGGCUCUGGCAUAAGUCCUGAGCAGAAUUCCAUCAACGUAGCUUCACAUGGGCCAAUGAUUUCUGAUGCUCCAAGGUCUCCAUUUAAAGAGGGUAUAAGCAGUCUGCAGCAUGACUCAGGACAUCAGGAAAAUUCCAGUUCUACAAAAGUAAAAUUACCCUGUCAGACCCUCCUUCCACAGCAGGAACAAGGGCCGUCUGCAGCUGAAUUAAAAUUGGAAGCACUUACCCAGCGUCUGGAGCAAGAGAUGGAUGCUCGUCCCAAGGCUGACUACUUUGGAACCUGCGUGAAGUGCAGCCAAGGUGUGUAUGGAGCAAACCAGGCUUGCCAAGCAAUGGGGAAUCUCUACCAUGAUGGCUGCUUCACCUGUGGAGCAUGCAGUCGAAAACUGAGAGGAAAAGCCUUUUAUUUUGUUAACGGAAAGGUGUUCUGUGAAGAAGACUUUCUGUAUUCAGGUUUCCAGCAGUCAGCUGACAGGUGUUUCAUUUGUGGCCAUUUGAUAAUGGACAUGAUCCUGCAGGCUCUUGGGAAAUCAUACCAUCCAGGCUGCUUCCGUUGUGUGAUCUGUAAUGAAUGUCUGGAUGGAGUGCCAUUCACUGUAGACUCUGAGAACAAAAUCUACUGCGUCAGAGAUUACCACAAAGUUUUAGCUCCAAAAUGUGCAGCAUGUGGACAUCCCAUUCUGCCGACUGAGGGGUCUGAUGAGACAAUUCGGGUUGUGUCCAUGGACAAGGAUUACCACGUGGAAUGUUAUCACUGUGAGGAUUGUGGGAUGGAACUCAAUGAUGAAGAUGGACAUCGCUGUUAUCCGCUCGAUGAACAUUUGCUUUGUCACUCCUGUCACCUAAAGCAUAUAGAGAAAGGCACGACUCCAGCAGCUAUGUACCAGCGUCACUACUAGUCAGUACUGCUAAUUCCAAGAAUUAGCCUGUCAGAGGACUUGUUACAGUACACAUUUUUCCCCAGUUGAUUUCCAGUAUGCAUUUUCCCCAAUCAGUAGUUUACAGUAAGAGGAUACAGUGACAUUAGCUAGAUUUUUUCCAAGGUUUGUAUGUGUGUGAGCUGCACUCGUAUCACAGAUACGUUUAUUUGAACAUGUAAUGUUUUCCAGGCUGGUCGAUUUUCUUUUCCCAUGCCUUUUUCUGAUCUCAAGAGCUACUGAAAAAUCUUCCCAAGUGAAAGUAAAGAGAAGUACAACCGCCUAUCACAUCAGUGACUUCAUAUCAUGUCAUGCACAAUUAAUAAGCCACAGACCUCUCUGCCUGCCUGCUGGAACAUAUCUUCAGUCUGUGAAGUGGUUUCUGACACGCACGUUUCAUCAAAUCCCCCAAGGAUAUCAGUUUAUUAAUACUGAUUCUAAGAAUCUUUAUAGUUCUUUAGAAAAAGGUUUCUGUGCACAAAAGCACUUUCAGACCUUUCAGUUUGUUCCCAGAACUCCGAUGCCAGCCUGGCUGUGAAAUGGUUGUGAUGCAGAAUUGCAAUCUGAGCACAAACACACCAGGCAUCUCACUUGGCUGCUGAAUGUCCACAUCCCAAUAAUAAUUUUUUUUAAACUGGAGCAAGAUAUACAAAGUCAUCUUGGCAAAUAUGGUCACCUAUGCUGCUGCUUGUGCAUUAGCAUGGUACGCUAGGAUGACUUUGUUGUAUAAAGUCUGAGCAGCAAAUUACGUUUUUGAAAAUAUCUGGAUGCUGAAAAUAUGUACGUGACGGCAAUCUGUCUCCCAUUAUCUCUUGCAAAAGUCACUUCAGAAAAGAGCUCUGUGCACACAGACACUUCCUGAGCUUUUCAUUUUGUCCAUGAAGCUCAGACAUCAACACUGCUGUGAAAAAGGUGUGAGUCAGGAGGGCUCAAUACUCACUUCUACAGUGUUUAUCCAGCUCAGACCUAUUUCAUAAUUAUGCCUAUUUAGAGUUCUGGGA